AUGGAGCGUCUGCGCCGGCGGCCGGAGCCAGCGGCGAUCGACAUCACCUGGGUGUCCUGCCGCGGCUUCAGGUCGUCGCUCCCGUUCCACACGCCGUGCCUCUACGCGUCCUCCGUCACCCCGUCGUCCGCCAGGAACGCGCACGGCCACCGCCGUCCACACCGCGUGAAGACGCCCACCGACCGUGCCGGCGGCGAGAACCCCGAGCGGGACGCGCCCCUGCGGCUCUACCUCUCCGAGCCCGAGGCCUCGCCACCGCCGGCGGAGCAGGAGCUGGAAGCGGGCAAGAACAGGAAGGACAGAGGCGACGACGACGUCCUCCUGGUGCGGUUCGAGCUCAAGGCGGAGGUGGCCGUUCUCGGGGACGUGCUCGCCGCGUCCGCCGCGGUGCCGGUCCCCGACCUCGUCGCCGACGAGCGGACGCGCCACGUGUCCUACCAGUUGGCGGACCCAGACGGCAGGCAGCCCAAUGGCGUCAUCUCCUUCUCCUACACUUUCCACCAACAACGAGACGACGACCACCACCAGAGCGGCGACGCCGAGCUCGUCGUCGCGCCCCACUGCCCCACCAGCCCCACGCGCCGGUCCGCGCGGAACAGCUGUCGUGGUAAGCGCGACGCGAUUCGGAGGCCCCCGGACCCCGGUCUUCGGGCCGUUCUCCAGCUUCUUCUCCUCAAGUAA